GCGCGGCCUGCCAGCCUCACGUGUGCCGCCGGGUGUGGAGUCCUCCAUACAGGAUUACGGCUGAUAUGUCUUGGCGGCUGGCGGUUUUUUGUCUCUUCCGAUACUCUCUAAUAGUGGUUUCAUAAAUCAGGAUUAACGCCGGGUUCCUCUGCACGCACUGACGUGAGUUAUUGCAAGGCUGGUGUUGGGUUGCCAGACGCCACUCUCCACGCCGCGCAGCCCACUUGCCCACCCUCCACGCGCCGCCCACCUCCUCAACGAUGUGCACACUCGCCACUGUUUGUGUUUCGCUUGGUGUCUUUCUGCAAUCCCAAGACUUACGCAACAGCUUGGAGAUAACACUGAAAAAGUUUCAAAACUGUUGCAGUAAAAUGCAGCGCCGUGUUAUCUGGCGCAGCGAGGAGGCGGUAAGGGUCCCCUGGCCAGUCUGGUCCAACACGUGAUUAGUACAAUGCCUGGGACUUAAGUCUGCGGCCUGAAGGGAGUAUAGCAUGUUGCAACACUAUCUGUGGCCAACUUCUGCUUGGGAAACCUGGCAAGUUGAUAUAUACGUGUGGACAUUCACGCCUGCCCCAGCGGAAGUGCCGGUGGUAUGCAGGUGGGUGCUGGCGAGGCCUCCGUGAUGCUGCCUUCAGUCAUAUUAAGCGUUUCGUGCACUUAUCCGUCUCACACUCGUGCUAGGCCGGGCGGGUGGAGAGUCGUGCCUCUGAGGUAAGCGAGGCUCAAGUCCUGCUGACGGAGGUGGUGAGCCGGGAAAUGAGCAGGUGUGCCUUGGUGCUGCUCUAUGACACUCCUGAUGCCCUCCCGCUCCUCGUCCCAGCCCUCCUGCUCAUCCCGUACGGCGUCUCCCUCGUGUACCUCGCCUCCCUGGACGCCGCUACUGCAUUCACCCUGAAGAAUCGCGUGGACAUCAGUGACGCAAGUGUGUGUCGCGGCGUGGUGGUGGCGGCGCGGGACGGCUCGUGGCGGCGCCUGCUGCAGGAGGCCUCACACCUAUGGGUGGGCCAUACUUUUACCUUCCUGCUGCUGCUGUCUGACGAGGACCUCACCCAUGAUGUCCCGUCACUCCUGCUCCACCCAACUUUCAGGUUUGGAGCCCAGGUGGUGGCAGCGGCGAGGCAAGAUAACGAUAGUUGGCACCUCCACACCACCAGCCUCUUCACCAACCACCACAGGCACCACACCACGCCCCUGGACACGUGGAGACCCAGGCAGGGUUUCAGGCGAGGGGUGCGGCUCUUUCCUAAGGACAAGAUGAACAAUAUGCAGGGCUUCACCUUCACCGUGGCUGCCCUGCCCUACGACCCCUUCAUCACGCCGGCUAACGUCGCCCUCACAGGACCCGGCAAGUACCGCGGGCUUGAGGUUCGUUUGCUGGACGUGCUGGCGGAGGCUGCGAACUUCACCUACCGCUACGUGGCCCCCAAGGACGGCCAGUGGGGCAGGCUGAAGAAGGACGGCACGUGGACUGGCAUGAUAGGGAUGGUGGCAGAGGAAAAGGCGGACUGGGCCAUGAGUGACAUCACCUUCUCUCCGGAGCGGGAACAGUACGUUGACUUCUCGAGGACCUUCGUGUACGACGCCUCCGAGCUGGUCACGCCCCGGGCCAAGCCGCUGCCCAGGUGGACCAGCCCCACCAGGCCUUUCAAGUGGGAGGUGUGGGUGGCAGUGGUGAUAGUGGUGGCGGCUGCGGGGCCCUUCCUCUGUGUCCUGGCACGCAUCUGCACCGACACCUACCUGUCCCGCGUCACCUGGUUCCAUCACCUGGGCAACUCAAUACUGUUCAUCGUGCAGCCCGUCCUUCAGCGAGGGGGCGACAGGGACAUCGUGAUCGCUCCGGGUCGUAUGUUCUUCGGAUUUUGGCUGGUGUUCGCCAUGAUCGUGGGCAUCUCCUACUCCUCCUCCCUCACCUCGUUCCUCAUCAUGCCGGGCCUGCAGAAGCCCAUCGAAAACCUGCACCAGCUGGUCACCUCUGACAUAGGGUGGGCCAAGGUAUAUUUUGGUGGAGUGCAGAGCGCUCUUCUGGAUCAGGCACAGGACCCUGACUUAAUCGCUCUCCGGGAGGGCGUGCAGUGGCGGGACUCCCUUCCGGGCAUCCUGCAAGAGGUGGUAGCGGGGAAGCUGGCCACCUGGGACAACGGCAUUACCACUCGCCUUCUGGUGGCCUCGAAAUUCACGGAUACCGCGGGCCAGCCACUCGUUCACUUCCCCGGCUUCCACUUGCUACAGGAGAGGAUCGCGUGGCCCCUGCAGCAGCACGCGCCCUACAAGCGAAGGCUAGACCAGCUGAUCGACCAGGUGGUGGGGGCGGGCCUGAUGGAGAAGUGGCUGGAGUUCAUUAUCUUCGAGGAGCAAGCCCUCAGCCGGCGGGAGAGGGAACGUGCAGACACUGCCAUUGAGGCGGUGGAGGGCACCACCGGUGGCACAGUUAUCCUCUCUCUAGAACACUUCCAGGGGCCUUUCUUCGUCCUUCUUCUCGGGUGUCUGUGUGGGGGUGUCGCCCUCCUCCUAGAGGUCUUCGUCAAAGUCCUCUACCGCACUGAAAUAAAGUAGUCGCGAGUCCUCUGGACCUCCUGCCAGCCAGCAGGCCACCCAGCAGCGAGGACUGGUCAUGUGGUGGCAAUACCUGCCGAAAACGUGAGAUCUAUUGAAUUCUCGGCCUCAUAUUUUGUGGAGUAUCGAAGCAUUGUUGACUGCCACACCAAUACAUUAUACAAGAAUGCUGCAUGUCACUCAUUUCCCUUUGGAGUAAAUCUUUAUUCAUAUGUUCAAGUCCAUUCCGCCCGCCUCACCAUGUGCUCACUGUAAGCCCUUAUCACGGGAGGGGGCUGUUGCUGGAUGAGCCUUCAGAACCUAGAAGAAUGACGUGAGGCCUUAGAAAUUGUACCAUGUCCACUGCAUCGCAAUAUAUAUUUGCUACAUUAUUCUCUUUGCA